AUGGAAAAUUAGAUUCCUUUGAUUGAUGAAGAAAAUUAACUGAGCUCGUCUAACAACAUUUAAACCUCAGUUGAAGAUUUCUAUUUUCUUAUCCAAAAUUUGACUUAUGAAGAGUUCCUUUAACAAAAUUUUGAAAGAGUUAAACUUUAUUCAGAAAAUGACAACAAAAAAUAUCAGACUGCUUUUUAGCAUUUAGAUGUAAUUCUAAACUAGAAAAUAUGUAUGUAUCAAUAAAAAGAAGAACAACCAAUUCAAAAAAUUCUCCAAACAAAAGGCAAUGCCAUAAAAAUAUUACCAAAUCAAGUAAAUUUGAGAAUGAGGUAUACACCCCGACUAGAUGGAAAUUUAAACAUUCCUUAAAUUGAAUUAGAGCUAACCUAAUAAUAAGAACACAUUCAAGAUCCUUAUUAAAUGAAAGGUUUAAGUAAAUAAUAACUUAAGCAAAUAAAAGAUUUCGGAUACUUUUAUGUGUAAUUGAAUAACUCAAUAGAAAAAUGGAAAAUUUAAGAAUCGUUUUAUACCCCAAAAAGCAGUCGUAAAUACAGUAAUUAAUUGCAAGCUUUAAAAUAAAGUUUGACUAAAUCCCUUAAAAUACUAUACAACGAAUAGAAUAUACUUGAUUAUAAGAAUUUAAGAAAAAUAGAAUUUGAAGAUUUUAGUAUAAAAAACAUCUCUUUACUCUAAGGAGUUAUUGGAGUUAUAAAUAUUCCAUAUUAGUUGUUUGGUCUUUUAUUCGGAGUUCCCAUACUUAGUAGAAUCUUUAAAGAAAUAAUUAAACAUUACAUCUGGUAAGAAAGUUGCUGA